GUCACUCGUAAGAGUGACCCUGACUGCUUCAAAAUAAAAUUAAAUUGCGUGUUUAAAAUCUUUAUAAAUUAUGUAAAGGAAUACAAUUUUAAUUAAUGUCUGUUAUUAAACAUUUUACAAUGGCUAAAAUAGAAGCCGCUGUGCUGAAAAGCAAAUUUAAAGGGUGUCUUCUCGGAGCACUCGUCGGAGAUUGUACUGGUUCCCCGUUUGAAGGAGACACCAUCACCCAUGGAGACAAAUUAAUCAUUCAGAAGUAUUUCGAUAGAAUGCAAGAUCCUACCUUCAGCGCUCCAUAUAAAUCCUACACAGAUGACACAGCUAUGAUGAAGUCAGUAGCUAAAUUUUUGACUGACAAACCAGAACCUGACUACAAAUUUCUAGCUAGACUAUUUGUUAAUGAAUAUUUCAAAGAACCCAAACGCGGAUAUGGACAAAAUAUUGUAGAUGUUUUUCGUAAACUGAAAAAUACCAAAUAUGAAGAUGUUUUCAAACCAGCUAAAGAACAAUUUUUAGGGGAAGGAUCUUUUGGAAAUGGAGGUGCAAUGAGGAUAGCACCCAUAUCCCUUUAUUUCCAUGAUAAUUACAAAGCCAUGGUUGAGGCUGCUACAAAUGCCACAAAAUUGACUCAUACACACAUAUUAGGAGUAAAUGGGGCUAUUCUGCAGUCUAUAGCUAUACAACUUGCUCUGAAAUGUGAUCCAGAAGCCAAGAUUGAUGCUGAGAGGUUUUGUGCAGAGCUGUAUAGAAGGAUGAGAAAAAUUGAGAGAGUAGAAGAGGACUUGGAUGAUAUUGAAGAAGAUGAAAGUGCCAGUAGAAGAGCUUACCAAGAUAAAAUAAGAAUUGUGGAAUACUUAAUUGGGAAAAAGGAUGAUGACGAAUUAGACGAAGAAGUUAUAUUAACUUUAGGAAAUGGUAUAAGUGCCUAUGAAUCUGUUCCUACAGCCAUUUAUUGCUUUUUGAAGGCCCUGAAGGAAAUACCACAUAUCCAGACUGACAACAUAUUCAGAAGAACCAUUCAGCAUGCAGUGACAUUGGGAGGUGAUACAGACACCAUAGCUUGCAUGGCGGGGGCAAUUGCUGGAGCCUAUUUAGGAGAAGAAGCCAUCAAUCCAAUUCUUGCUAAAAAUUGUGAAUUUUCUAAAGAAAUAGUUGAAGUCGCAGAAAACCUAUAUACUGCAAAGGAAGGGCCUCCUUAAAUUAUGUAUAUGUUGCAAAUUUGCUACUUAAUUCAAUGGAAUUGUACUUUGAUUAGUGAUAACAGUGUAAAAAAUUUUCAAUGGUAACAAUGUUUGUUGCUUGUUCUUUUUGUAGUGUUAUAACAUGCUGCAAUUUCCCAAAUUUAUGUAACUCUUUGUCUAAGCAUAUUUUGUUUUAUUAUAUUCCCUUAUUAAAUGAUUUAUAUAGCAA